AUAUGUAUAAUCUUUGACCCAUCCGAAAACACGAAACCGUUUCUCCUUCGACGCCGCCGUUUCGUCGCCGUCGUUGGACUCUUUUCCAACCGGCGUCCAGAAUCUCUGACGAAUUCGAAGAUUCGUCGCCGUCAUACCAGUAACCGUCUUAAUCUCCGCCGCUGAUAAAAUGACUAUGUCCGGCGGAAAAGUCGAUCCCGGCGGCGAUGGCCGAGACUCAGGAUCCGCUAAAGUAACCGAACUAGAGUCUCUCCGUCAUCGCGUGAAGGAGUUAGAGGCGGAAAAUGCUAAAUUGUUAUCCUUGAUUUCGAGCUGCCAAUGCCAACAGAUGGAAGUGAAGCAUGAUGUGUCUGUCUUAGAUCCUGGAAGCUUAGUUAGGAGAAGCAGAAAAGCUAGAAAAAGAGCUGAUAGCAUACCGAGUCAUCUUGUCUCAAAGAGAUAUAUCGCUCUAAAAAUCAUGUAUUUUGGUAAGAGAUUUUAUGGCUUUUCUGCUGAAGCACAAAUGGAACCAAGUGUUGAGUCAGAAAUUUUUAAAGCACUUGAGAGGACACGUCUUUUAGUUGGUGACAAGAAGGAGUCUAAUUACUCGAGAUGCGGGAGAACAGAUAAAGGUGUUUCGUCCACAGGGCAGGUGAUUGCUUUGUUUUUGAGGUCCAGGCUAAAGACACCUUCCGGAGACUCUGAAGCUCAUGUUGAUGCGAAAGUUAAUGAGAGAGGAGAGUAUGACUAUGUACGAGUGCUGAAUCGUGCUCUCCCUGAUGACAUUCGAGUUUUGGGGUGGUCUCCCGCUCCUAUUGACUUUCAUGCAAGGUUCAGUUGUUCGGCUAGAGAAUAUAAAUAUUUUUUUUGGAGACAGAACCUAAAUCUUUCGGCCAUGGACAUUGCUGGUAAGAAGUUCAUUGGGGAGCAUGAUUUCAGGAACUUCUGCAAGAUGGACGUGGCAAAUGUGCAUUGCUAUACACGACGUGUUACUUUCUUUGAAGUCUCUCCUUGUCAAAAUAGUCACGAGGGUGCUCAACUUUGCACAUUUACAAUGAGAGGCAGUGCAUUCCUUUGGCACCAGGUCCGCGCCAUGGUCGCCGUGCUAUUCAUGAUUGGGCAGGGAGUUGAAUCGGUUGAUGUGAUAGAUACAAUGUUGGACACGACAAAAAUACCAAGAAAACCUCAAUACCUUUUGGCCUCGGAGAUCCCCUUAGUCCUCCGUACAUGCGAAUUCGAAAAUGUUGACUUCAUUUGUUCUUCAGGCGCUGCAGAGUCAUUACGGACUCAUUUCAAGAAUGAGUCACUUAGGUACCAAUUAGAGUCUGUGAUUUUCCAGGAGGCUCUCCGAAACUGCUUACCCGUAGGCAAUGAGAAAAGUUCUUGUAAUGGCGUAGAAAAGAAGAAGAAAGGAGCAGUACACGUUCCUCUGUUAUCUCGACCAACUGAGCCUUCGUAUGAAGAACGAUCUGCGAAAUUGAAAUCCAGACAACAAGAAACAUGUCAUGUAUUACUGAGAAAACAUGUUAAGGGAAUACUGAUGAGGUGAAGCAGAGGUGGUGGAAAGAUUUACUACUUUUAUGAUGUACUUUUUCGCUCACUUAAAGAUAUUUAGUUUAUUCACACAUCAAUUUUUGCUUUAACCGUUGAGAAAUAAAAUACAGAAAAUUG